AUGUUUCGUCAACCUCCUCAUCCUUCUUUUUCUUCUUAUUCUUUCCUACGCCCUCAUCUUUCGCUUCUUUUUUUCUAUUUUCUACUUUCUCCUCCUACUACAUCUUUUUCUACCUGCACCUCCCUUUUUCUAAAUUCUUCUCCUCUUCCUUCUACUUUCUCACCACAUACGCCUUCUCCAGUUUCUACAUACUUUCUCCUCUUCUUCCUCUUUUUACACAAUCUCUCCACACUUACUUCUCCUCACUUUUUUCUACCUGCUUAUCCUCUUCCUCCUAUUUUUUUCGCAUAUCCUCCUACUACUACUUCCCCAUCUCAUCUUCCUCCUACUUUCGCUUCCUUCCCACACCCUCCACCUACUUCUUUCCCACAUCUUUCUUCUAUUUCUUCCUUUUUUUUCUAUAUCCGCCGCCUACUUCUUUCUUUUUUCUACAUCUUCCUCCUACUACUACAUCUUUCCAUAUUCCCCUCCUCCUACUACUACUACUUUCCUACACCCUCUUCCUACUUUUCUUCUUUUCCACAGCUUCCUCCUACUUUUCCGUUUUCCCUAUAUUCUCCUACUAUUACUUCCCCACAUUCUCUUCCUGCUACUACUAUUUCCCUUCUUUUCCACCCCCUCCUACUACUACUGAUUGUUACCAAUAUCCUCCUCUUACUUCGUCUUUCCCAACAUUCUCCUCCCCAUAGCCUCUUCCUACUACUACUACUUCUUACUACUACUAUUCUUUCUCUUCCUAGUUCUUCUUUCUCACAUCCUUUUCUUCCUUUUUAUUUUCCACACUUCCUCCUCCCUCUCCUUCUUCUUCUCAUAUCCUCCUCCAAUUACUACCUCUUCUUUCACACACCCUCCUAA